CUAGGAAUUCCCUCAUACAUGCCAUACGGAAGGAGAUCCAACAUUCAUCAUUUCAGGAAUUUCCCAGCAGCACUGAAGUCGGGAAGUAACAGUCAUCAGUAACCAAUGGCAGCUCAAUGGGUCCACGCCCUCAUCAUCCUGGUGAGGGUGUACGUGUUUGGCGUCAGCCUUGUCAUGAAGCUACCUCAAAUAAUGAUGAUCUGGCGGGCCAACAGCAGUAAAGGGAUAAACCUAACUAGCGUCUUGAUGGAGACGUGGUGCUGGUCGAUGAGCUUUUCCUACCAGUUUGCCAACAACUAUCCAUGGACUUCAUUGAUUGAGCUUCCAGUCCUCAUGAUACAAUGUCUUAUCCUGGCACUUGUAGUUAUUUACACCAGAGAUCAACUUCAUCCGUCUUUACUUCUAUAUUUCGCUUUAUAUAAUGGUGCUGUAUUUGCUAUAGCCUCUGGUUUGGUGCCUUCGUGGAUGAGGUCAAUUCUAAUGAGCUGCAACCUCCCUAUUGCGAGUACGAGUAAAGUGAUCCAGCUUCAAUCUUUACUUAUAUCAAAAGAUGCUGGCAAGCUCAGUACACUGACUUGGUUUAUUGCUGUAUCAACAAGUUAUGGUCGUUUUUUCGUCAACAUCUUGACCAUCGCUGACAAAAUCCUGAUGACCAACUUCUUCGUUGCUGGAACUCUCAAUGGUGCAGUGUUGCUCGCUACGAUGUACUACAAGAAUCAAUCGAAGAAGAAAUUGUUUUAGGGACAUUGAUGUGCAACUAGAAUCUUUAUAUUGGGUUGCAUUUAACUUUAUACACUAUUGGUAAUCGUGAUAAUAAUAAUAGUACAAAUUUUUAUGGUGGCUAAAGGAAUUAAUACUGGACUUGAGGUAUUGGUUGUCUCACCAUAACUGUGAGGGUGGAGGUGGCCGAGGUUUUGGUCAACAUUUUAGCUCCACCCAAGCGCUUAUGGCAAGACAAUUAAUACCAACGGUGAGGUAUCAAUUUCUAUUCUUAAACAUCUUAGGUCAUAUAACGAAUAGUGCUUUUUGACUGCUUCCAUAUUUUGCACCAAGCCAAUGGUUGCCUGACCAUAACAGCUCAAUUCAAAACGAGGCUUUGUUGGCGCAUAGUGCAUUGAAGCUGUAAAGUGCGGUUCAUUAUUAACCCAGGUGUUUUAGAAUUUCCAAUUAUGAUAAUAUAUAGUCAAUAGUUAAUAUUUACCACAUAUUUAGGCAAUCAGGAAUUUUCAAAUUCAGUUACAAAUUUCAAAUUUUUAAUGAAAACGGUGUUGGCCUUUAAGAGACAAUCAUUGAAUAGAUGACAUCCCACAGACAAUCUUCAAUGACAAUCAGUGUCUUUAAUUAGUUGAAUUUAAAUGUAAUUUUAUAACUAUACACAUAAUUUCAUUUGUUGCCAGGCCAAAUUAAACUAAUUAGUUUAAUUGACUAUCUUGAUUAUUCUGCAGACAUUGUAUGCUUCACCAAUUUCAUGAACGAUGUCAAGGAAAGACAUGACACAUAGAACUCUUUUAACAUGGCAUGAUUUUUAAAUAUUGAUAUACACAAUG